AUCUUCCUUAACCAAUUCCCCGCCCACCCAAAGCGUUGUCGGAACGCCCAGUUGUUGCGCUUGCGUAGUCACGGUCUACUGUUUUGGAGCUGUCAGGGGUUUGGGAAGUUAUUUGCUUCAUGAAAUUAUUAGCAGAAGGUGAGAGGGGCCGAAAGAGAGCGUGAGAAAUGGUAACAAAGGAGGCGCGAAGAGCGCUCUUACUGCUUGUACUAGCUGUGGUGUUGGUGACUUCAGUGACAGCGGUCACUAUCAAGAAAGGGGGCCUGGCGGAGCCGGUGAAGCCCGAAAAAUAUGAUCACUAUUAUAACUACGAGGAGCUGACAUCGCUGCUGAAGGCUCUUGUGGCGGAGUACAGUCACAUCGCACGGCUCUUCAGUAUUGGAUUGUCUUUUGAAAAGCGCGAGCUCUGGACUGUCCAAGUGAGUUCACGGCCCGGCUCUUCCAGUCCCGGCCUCCCCCAGUUUAAAUAUGUGGGCAACAUGCACGGGGACGAGACUUUAUCUCGCCAGCUGCUCAUCUACCUUAUUGAGGAAUUACUGCGGGGCUACGAUAACGAUCCCCGCAUCACCCGCCUCAUCAACACCACCGACAUUUACAUUAUGCCCAGUCUCAAUCCGGACGGGUACGAGAAGUCGCGAGAAGGGGACUGCCGGGGUGAUGCGGGUGGCCGUACCAAUGCACGCGGCAAAGAUCUAAAUCGCAGCUUCCCGGACCAGUUUGCAAAUAUUCAGGUGCCGAUGGAAGAUGUGCCGGAGGUAACAGCAAUGAUUCAGUGGAUUAUGACCAACAGGUUUGUUCUGUCUGGAAAUCUACAUGGCGGCACAGUAGUGGCAAGCUACCCAUUUGAUGACACCCCUUCUCAUCAAACAACAGGAGCAUACAGCAGGUCCUCCGAUGAUGCUGUGUUUCAGUACCUUGCAAAGAGUUAUGCUGCUGUACAUCCAAUAAUGAAAACUGGCAACCCUAAGUGCCCUGGUGAUGUAGGAGAGACAUUUAAAGAUGGUAUCACUAAUGGAGCAGAAUGGUAUGAUGUUCCAGGUUCAUAUUGGAGUGAAAGGAUUUGUGACUAAUUCCGUCUCUGAGAUUGGACUUCCAAAUGUUACAAUCUCUGUGACCGGCAUUGACCAUGACAUUCUGACCUCAGACUAUGGAGAGUACCACAGGCUGCUAGUCCCUGGGACUUACAACAUCUCUGCCAGUGCAGUGGGUUUUAUCCCAGUAACCAUUAAUGGCAUUGAAGUGAUAGAAGGACCUGCAACUGUGCUUAAUUUCACACUGGAACCCAUUGUAACUUCAGGCACUGUGGCCCAAACAGAAGCAUUCGAUGACACAGUUAUCACAAGUACUGUACUCAGCACAAUAGCUGCAGGAAAGCCAUCACAGAAGCAGCCAAUUCAGCCCGAAGAAUUCCGGCAUCAUCAUUACUCUGACAUGGAGAUUUUCUUAAGGAAAUAUACCACAGAGUACCCAAAGAUUGCCAGACUGUAUUCAGUUGGCAAAUCGGUGCAAGGAAGGGAGCUUUAUGUAAUGGAGAUUUCUGACAAUCCUGGCAUCCACGAGCCAGGUGAACCUGAAUUCAAAUAUAUAGGAAAUAUGCAUGGGAAUGAAGUGGUAGGAAGAGAACUUCUCCUAAAUCUGAUAGAGUAUCUCUGCAAGAACUUUGGCACAGACCCUGAAGUCACAGAGCUUGUGACCAAAACCCACAUCCACAUUUUACCCUCCAUGAACCCUGAUGGAUAUGAAGUAGCAUUUGAAGGUGACCAAAGUGGUGUGACUGGAAGAAACAAUAGCAAUAACUAUGACUUAAACCGGAACUUCCCAGACCAGUUUGUCCAGAUCGUUGAACCCAGGCAACCUGAAACUAUAGCUGUAAUGAACUGGGUCAAAUCAAUCCCAUUUGUGCUGUCGGCUAAUCUCCAUGGAGGCUCAUUGGUUGUGAACUACCCAUAUGAUGAUAGCGUACAGGGUAUAGCCACCUACAGCAGAUGUCCAGAUGAUGCUGUUUUCCAGCAGCUGGCUUUGGCCUACUCAGAGAGGAAUUCACAGAUGUACAAUGGGCAUCCAUGCAAUGACUUGUAUCCUGGUGAAUACUUCCCUCAUGGCAUCACUAAUGGCGCUAAAUGGUACAGUGUUCCAGGUGGUAUGCAAGACUGGAACUAUGUCAACACUAAUUGCUUUGAGGUGACCAUUGAGUUGGGCUGUUUUAAGUUCCCACUAGCCAAGGACCUGCCCAGAUACUGGGAGCAGAAUCGUGCAUCUCUUCUGGAAUUCAUUAAGCAGCUGAUCAACUGGACAAAGAUUGUGAUUGUACCAUUGUUAAAUCCUGAUGGAAGGGAACGUGCGCAAGAGCACCAGUGCACAUCCACUGUUGGUCGUAUGAAUUUCCAGGGCAAGGACUUGGACACAGAUUUUACUGGUAAUGCCUCACAGGGAACUGCUGACAUGCAGGUGGAGACCAGAGCCAUUGUGGAGAAGCUGAUCGUAAAUCAGGGCUUUACUCUUGCAGUUGCUUUAGAUGGUGGCUCUGUCCAUGUGACAUACCCGUAUGACAAACCAGUGCAGACAGUGGAAAAUGAAGAAACGUUAAAAUAUCUGGCAUCUGUUUAUGCAAACAAUCAUCCCACAAUGCACUUGGGUCGUCCAGGAUGUCCUAAUGGUUCAGAUGUUAAUAUUCCAGGAGGAGUUGUUCGUGGGGCAGAGUGGUACAGUCAUCUUGGUAGUAUGAAGGAUUUUAGUAUGACGUUUGGCCAUUGCCCUGAAAUCACGGUAUAUACCAGUUGUUGUCUUUUCCCUAGUGAAAAGCAGUUGGCUUCACUCUGGGGCGAAAACAGGAAGGCUCUCCUCGGUAUGCUGGUGGAGGUCCAUAAAGGCAUACAAGGUAUUGUCAAAGAUCGAUCUGGAAAGCCUGUCCCAAAAGCCACCCUUAUUCUGGAUAAUGGAAUGAAGGUCUUCACCUCUGACGAAGGUUUCUUCCAUGCAUUUCUAGCUCCAGGUGUUUACAAGAUUGAUGCAACAGCAGAGGGCUAUCAGCAACAAAGGAAAGAGGUAUUUGUAACUGCAAAGGAAGUUGCCAUCUUAGUGACCAUCAUUUUUGACAUGGAUAAUCGGAUUUUUGGUCUGCCAAGGGAACUCGUGGUGGUGGUGGCAGGAGCAACGUUGUCUACUCUGUUGUUAACUGCUUGUAUCAUAUGGUGUGUCUGCUCCAUCAAGUCCAACCGGCAUAAAGAUGGUUUCCACCGUUUACAACAGCAUAAUGAAGACUAUGAAGAGGAGAUGCGCAUGACAUCUUUGGGUUCGAAAAAGUCCCUACUGAAUCAUGAGUUUCAGGAUGAGAGUGACAGUGAAGAAGACACACUUUAUACGAACAAACAAUAGGUUUCUGGUGCUGGGGCCCUUACAGUGCUGAAUGGGCAGGCAGUACUUUAAGGAUAUGUCGAAGCAAUUUGCCUAUGGGGGAAUAGACUUACUAGUUGUUAAUUCCCUGCCUUAUGGGACCAGACGCUGGGCCCACCCAGACCUCCUUGCUUUCUCGAGAGCUUUCUCUUAUUGGCUUGUUUUAUUAGCCUUUAUUCACUAGUUUUGUGACUUGUAUGUCAUCUGGCUGCAGUGGUAGCAGCUCUGAGUACACCAGGGUUCAUCCCAACAGGACAUUAUUUUCUUACUUGGUUCAUCUUUUAAUCAUUGGUCAGUGAAUAUUGAUCUAAAACUGAGUUCAGUCCACUGCCAAUUGCAGCCACUGAGUCGGCAGUUCAGGCUCCAAAUUCUGUUAUUAUUUUUAAUCUUUGUGCCUUUUUAAGUGCUUUCAUGUGUCAUACAUAUUUGUACAGACUUUUUCUGGACUAUUGACGGUUUUUCACAUAGCAAACUUCAGAAACCCCUAAAACUAAUGUGUGUAAGUACUGUAAUCUGUGUGUGGGUGUGUUUGUGUAUGUGUGGGUGUUUUCUACUUGAGGGUGUAUUCCGAGAUGAGAUCAUGCAAAUAGCUUAGAGUGGACUUUUUGUAUACAUAUAGGACAGUGAGUAGUAGAUCCAGUACAAACAUAAGUUGAGGAAAAGGCAAAGAGAUUCUGCAGUACUGCGUGUUGUGUUCACAACAGACAUUGUGUAAAGGUGGUAAAGUGACAUGGAAUUGUAGUCGCAUGCUGAGUGAAAGACAGGAACUUAUCCAUCUAAGGGGGUUGUGGAUUAGGAGAGAUUGCAGCACAAGAUUCUGGAUGUAGUGUGAAUAUAGGUGUUCGGGUAUCUAUGCAGAAAGAAUUUGCGGUGGGAGGCAUAGCAAAAUGGUUCCAAUGAUGUACUUUUAGAAGGAACAGAACAACAACUUCUUGUUUGGAACUGUUGAGUUACUGAGUGAGGACUUGCUUAUUUGGAGUGCUGCUCCCUGUAAGAAUGCCAUGUAGCCACUUUGCUAAUUCAGAAAAUAUCCAUUUGGUCUAUCGCUCUCAAUGAGGAAUGCUGUGAAGCUCCAUCAUACUGCAGAAUUUAAAAAUAGAGGAUUCUUGUGAUCAGUUGGAGAAGGUCACUGUUGGUAACUGUUUAAGGCAAUAUAGUAGUCAAAGGCAAGUCCGUGCAGUCUACUGAGGCCACUUUUUGAUGUGCAUGCAUGUGUGUGUUUGCAAAGUUGGGAUGGCGAUGGACUGAAAUGCAGGCAGUGUAUUGCUGAUGUUAAUAAAAUAGUGCAACAGUGUUUUGAACAUAACUGACCAGGUGCUCUGCCAUCCGCUUAGAUUGGGAACAUCAGCUGCUGGAGUAUGAACGCUGCUUCAUUGAAGCCAGUAGAAGCAAUCCAGUGGGUACUUUUUUCAUGGUCAUCUCCACUAUAAUAGGUAGAGACACUAGCGCACACAUUCGUUAACAGGAGUUCUACAAAAUGUUUUGUUAGCAGAAGAAUUAUUAACUUAGUACUUACAGCAGUUCCCUAUGUGUUCUUGCAACAAGCAUUAUACAUUUCAGCCCUACUUCCCCAAAAAAUAUGCACAUGCAAACAGAAGGUAUAAACUUCAUGUCCUUCACUUUGUUCUCUCUGCAGCUCUAUGGCUUUGCUGAAAACUAAAUCAUAGCAUCUGAAGCUUUCCACAACCAGCAUAGACAGAUUUCAUACAUAGUAGCAGGCCUACACAGCAGGUAUCAACAUCCCACAGAGUUAGGCUCAUGUUUAUAAUUUUAAAUUAUUCUGUGAUCCUCAAGCCUAUGUACUGUUUUUUGUGUUACAGAGAACGGUCUUCUUCCAUGUCACAGCUUCAUAAUGUUGCUGCUCAACAGCUUUUAGUUCAAAUUCAGCAUGUAUUGCAGAGAUGAUCUCCAUGCACUCAGAGAAAAGUAUGACCAGUGCCAAUAUUUUUAUAAAAUAUAUUUUUCUAUGAAUCCUUAGUACUGUACUUCAUAUAUGCGAGUGUAGAAUGAAUGUUUGUAUGUUUUGCAUAUGGGAGUAAAGUUAUUCCGGGUGGUGGUCUGAGAGAUUAAGCAAUAAUGUUUGCUGUCUCUGUUCACUGUACCAUGAUAUAAACAAGUUGAAAAGAGAAUAGGUUUUGGAAAAUCUGAAACUAGUUUUAAGCACAGUUUGGUGCAGGUUUUUGUCAUGAAAUCCCUGUCGUCAGACCUCAUUUGGGUGGUAGUCUUUGAAGCACAUGAUUGUAUUUUACAUUGCUGCUAAAUUCAGUAAGACUUUUUCAUGAGCAAGUUUUAUGGUAAGGAUGUAUUUUUUUUAGUUCAUCUUAAGGAGCACAUCCUGGAAAAAUUGGGUAUUUUUAUGUCUACAUAAUGUCCAUUAUGUAUACCACUGUAUGUCUCAGUAGUAAAAUGAAGACAAAAGGUUUCCUUGAUAGUGGGAAUUGUACAGAAACAGGCUUUCUUGUGUAUGUGUGGGGUAAGGGAGUCUUCUGCAUUAUAACUGCCACCUGGCAGUGUAAACUUUGGCUCUAGAUUAUUGUCACUGUUGAAAUGACAUCCUGACACUGUGUGCAAAAAUGGGGAAAAAGGGUUGUUGUUGAUGGCUAGAUGGAUAGUAGAUAACAGCUCUUCUUAAAGUUUAAUGACUGUUACUGUACUAAUGUAUAAUAACUUCCAGUUGCAUCCUAUCAUUCUUCAGUUUUAAUAGAUCAUCCGAAUAUGUGUGGAGAAAAGGACUUGCACAGCUGAGUUUAUAUGUGCCUGUAGUAUAAACUAGUUCUAGUGGCAGAUAUUUGAUACCUGGGAAGUAUCUGCUACACUUGAAACUUGCAGUGGAAGAGUUUGAUUGUAAAAUUCUGGAAGUCUGAAACUGUUCUGUAUUCUGGAGAGAUUGUACUUUGUCAUACUAAGCUUGGCUAACAGUUCAAGAAGUUAGCCAUCGAAAGUUUUUAUUAGCCUAGUUAGAAUUUUUUGAGGGUUGAAGUAUUGGGAGGGGGCACCUUUCAGUGUCUUGGCAUUCUAAGUGAUGGAUAUCUGAGACCAGAUGUUUAAUAUAAGGGAUGCUUAUUCCCACCUCUGAGUUGCAGCACCUGAAAGGUAAGAAGAGUAAUUGGGAGAUGGGGAUGCAAGGGAUCAGAAAAAGUAAUUUUCAGUGUUAUUGAUAUUGUUGGUUUUGGAUUCAUAAAGUUGUACUACAUUCAGAAGUUCCAGCUUGGUUUAUUAAAGAAAAGCACUUAAGUGGUGGUACAUAAUUGACUGACCAGCCUUCGGGUUUAUUUUUUUUUUAGACUUUCAGAAAUAACAGUGAUCACAGGGAUUCAUGUCGACUCGCCAAAGGCAGUUUUUCCAAACAUACAAUUUAAAAAAAAGUUUACAGAAACUACCUUCAGCAAACAUCUGAGGAAAGUUUUUGUAGUGGGGCAAGCCCGUUGCAAGCCCCAAUACCCCCUAAACUUAAAUAUACCAACUCAGAAGAUGCACAUCAGUGGAGAAAGAGGCAAAUUCCACUGUUGAUGAAUGUACUUCAGUCGUUUCAUGUUCACCAAAAUAUACCGUUUACUACCUGAUGUGCUCUUGGUCACAGAUGUGGUAGAUAGAGUACCUGUCCAUACUGACUUUGUACUACCAUUAAAGAUAGUGAAGUGUAGCUGCACAGCGUAUUGUGUUGUAGAAUACUUAGGAGAUAGCUGCUCACCAAGUAAAAUGUAUUUUUUGCAAACUAUUUUUAAUAGUUCCUUGAAAAAAAACAGUAAACCAGGGUUCUGAGAUGUUAGUUAAAUAAUGGUCUCUCUCUUAAGUAGUUGUUUGUUUGCAGCUUUAAUUCAUUCCUGUUCCUCAAUGGCAAUUUGCUCAGUAUUUCUGUAAGUCCCAGUCUGAAUGGUAAAUACCUGGGACAGAGGAGAUAGGCUGGGCUGAUGGGGGUUGGAGGGAUGGGUGGCAUUCACAGAGGGAAAAAGCACAUUAAAAAAUCACUCUGAGCUGAUUCAAAAGAUGUAAAGUUUGUGUUCUGAAAUGAACUUUUCCUGAUUAUCAUUUUGAGUGCCAUACUGUUAUUUGUGUAGACCAUUACUUAGCAAGGACUGGAUAUCUCACCAUUCAGAUCCAGAAUUCCUCUUUAUUUGAUGUCUGUGCUGUCAGCUAACCUGUCUGUAACUCCCAUUUUUUUCCAUUGAUGAAAAUAGGAUGAGGGACAUACAUCUGGCAGUUUAGCAUAUAAGAUUAAGGCUGUGAGCUGCUAACACCUUUCACCUUAUUGUCCUGAGUUUGAUUUUUUUGUCUCCAUGUGCCUACUCUCUGACUGAACAAGUCACUUAACCAGACAUUGGUCCUGGACCUCCAUUGAAAAUGUUCCUCAAGCUGGCUGGGCAACAUUUUUAAUAAAUAUUUUACUUACCUUUUAAGAUUCACCAUUUGGGUGGGUAAGGUCAUCUGUUCCUGUCCUCUCUCUUUGCAAAGAGGAUUUUGUAGUUCACAAACAGAUCUUGUCAAAAUGGCUUGGUAAAUGAAUUGUUCUGUGUUACCAGAAGGCAAAUUAAUUCUUAACUAAAAUGAUUACAGGUCAUUCCACCAAGGUAGUAGCUAUAUCUAGUGGAUGUUUUAAUAAUGUAUCCUUUAUAAACGUGUCUGCAAAGGCUGCCUGGUCAUCUGUGCAUACCAGUGUCAGGUAGUACAGUCUGAGCCUUCAGGAAUAAAGCUUCAUUUGGAAGAGCUGUCUUUCAUUGUAUCCCAUUUAGAGGUACCUUUUAGGCUGCUUGUAUUCAUUUUGGAGUUGUUUAAGGCCAUGACUUGAGAUUUGUACCCAUGUUCCACUUGUUGCAGAGGACCUAGAUGUACGAGUAUUUCCCAUAUGCAUUGAUCUUCAAGGGGAAACUGUCCUGUGGAUGCCUUAUUGGUCCCUCCAUACCCCUGGCAUGGAUCAUGCAAGCUGUUUAUGUCAUGGUAGUAGGACUUCCUGUAAGUACAGUGUAUGCUUUGAAUUUGUAAUCUUGCAUGUAGUGCUAUUUCUUGAUGGAAAAUACCUUUUUGAGAUGGGUUAAGAAUUGCACAAUAUGAGAGAGGAGGUACCUAACUCUUCUACCAGUUGCAGUGGGUCUUUUUGAAUAUCUUUUUGGGGUGAGUUCUUUGUGUCUUGUAUUUUUGCUUUAUACCCUUUCUUCUCCUUGAAGUGAGUUUCUUUUAAAGGUAUUUAAUCUCUAAUAACAGAUUAAGUAGCUUCUGCUUAUGAUAAAGGUUUUUUUUAUGUACUCCCUGCUCUUCUUGAAGGACAUUUAUUACUUUCUGUCAAACUUCUUGGAGAUUAUCCAUUAGGAGUACUAAUUAUCCACACAGCAGCUGUUUAACUGCCACACUGUUGAGAAGCUGCCUGUAUACUAUUGAACCAUGUUUUUGUUAGGAGUAUGUGCAACAUGUAUCCCACUGCCAUUUUUCUGCAUUUUAACCUAAAGGAUACGGUGGUCCACUAGGUGAUACAGAAGCACCAAAACUUUCUUCUAGUACUGGUUGUUGUAUAGAGGAAGAUUAUCUGUGAACCAGAAGCAGUUCUGUCUGUUCAUACUGUUGCUUCAUGAUCCACCAAGUCUUAUGAUCAGUUAGGUGCUCCUCCAUUCUCAUUUUACCAUCUGUGUUUAAGGACUCAUGGCAAGAGUUGCAGCAUCUGUGGUGCCUGGUUGUUUCCUCAUCAUGGCUAAGCAUAUGCAGCUCCAGCUGUCUUUUCCUUGUGAGGGCUCAAUAUAUCAUAUUUGCAUUUUAUCACCAGCUCUUAGAGUCCCUGCAUUAAGGAAGCUGUGUUUGUUCUAUACAGAUAAGUUCAGGUGUGCCAUACUCUGCAGUUUUUGCCUCCCGCAGUGCAAACUUGCUCCAUUCUUUUGAGUAUGAAAAAUUUUCUUGAGUAAUUUGCAUGUUGCUCCCUUCAGAGUCUGUAACUGGGUUACACAGCCUACAUUGCCAGCAGUCUGCAGUCAACACUUUCUCAUACGAGCAGUAAUGAAAUUCAGUUCAGGGGUCUGGGAAUGGCUGCCUUAGUUAAUGUAAGCAGGGAUAACCUAGCUCCUUGAGCUAGAAUCCCAGAUUCAGCAGCUAACUCCUUGAAGAAAUUGCAAGUUCUUUUCAUUACACAAUAUUAGUUUAAUUUUAUUUCCAUGAAGUUUUUGGAAUAAAAAUAUUUUCUCUGAGUGAUGGAUAAGUACAGCAUUUUUUUAUUGUUAUAUUUUUAAAAUAUUGCUGUGCCUUGACAAUUCAUGUAAAAUGCAAAGCUCUGCACUUAAAAGUUUACUAAUAUGGGAAUUAAAUGUGAGGCAUCUGUGUUCAUUUAACUUUAA